AUGGGACCUAUGACAAUUAUUACUCAAAUAGAAGAUACAUCGGAUGUAGUUCCAACACACGUCACUCUUAUGACGUUUGAUAGUAUUAUAUCAUUAAAUAAUGAUGCGAUAGUUGACACUAUUGGAGUAAUAAUUCGCAUAGAAGACAUAGUAGACAUUGUAAAGCCAACCAAAACACUGAAACUACGAGAUGUUGUAAUAGCAGAUAAUACUGGAAUCGAGAUAACACUUACGCUAUGGAACGAAGAAGCUUCUUUAUUUACUGGACAAAUAGAAGACGUUCUAUCAGUUGAGAAGAGUAAAUUAGUUAUUUAUAAAAAAGGGAAAAAAUUAUCUGUAACGCAUUCUACUGUUAUACAAAUUAACCCUAAUUGGCCUGAAAAAGAGGUGUUAAAAGAAUGGUAUAAAAAGGAGGGCCGAUAUCAAGUCGAUAGAAUGGAUUUAACACAAUCAUCGUCAAUCGAUAACACUACAUUAAAUCAAUCAGAUAACGCAUAUUUAACAUCAGUAGAUGACAAGGUUAUUUCACAAAUAAUAGAAGACGAAAAGUCUACGAAGCGUCGUUUAGACGAGAUAUACAUCCUCCAAGAACAACUGCAAAAUGAAAUUAAUGAACUUACAUUUAAAAAAAUCAGAUUAAAUCUUGAACGUCAAGCAGUAGAAAAUAGAAUUAUUAGUAGAAGGCAAUAA